AUGGGCUGCUCUUACUCUACUACAAACGACUAUGAACAGCUGACGGACUUCUCAGUCACCGAACUGUUGAUCGCCAAACGUCCAGGAGGUAGGGAGGUAGGGCCCAUUACAAAAUUUGAGCGUAGUUGCGAUAGAUUUACUCGAAAGGCGGCACAGAUAGAAGGGGGUCCAGUCUUAAACAAGAAGCUGCCAUUUGGUAUGAUUAUCUUUUCAGUCGUCAAGGUCGUCGUCAAUGACGACGGUGUCAUGUUCUACCAUUUUAUCGGCUCGAGUGCAAAGGAUCCGACCUUCCAGCUGCAUAUUGCAAAACGAUACACAGAAUUCAAGACUUUGCACGAGGAGAUAUCGAAGCUCAUGGUCAGCGAGAGGAUGGUGGCAGCAGCGCAGCAGCAAUUGAAUGAUAUGCAGCCGGUACUUCCCGAGAUGCCUAAAGCGGACGUAUGGACGUACUUGCGUGGGCGCUUCAGUAAUCGGAUACUGGAGGAACGCGAAGAACAGUUUACAAGGAUCCUUAACGCUAUUGCGAGACACUCUGUAGCAUUUCGGAGCACAUCGUUUACAACUUUCUUACUGAGAUAA